CUCGUUCCAGAAAUAAAAAAAUUCUAAAAUUUUCAUACAUAUUAAAAAUUUAUUCAUAAUUAACUACAUGUACUUUCGUUGACAAAAAAACAUUACAUAAACUAUUUUUACUAUAUAAUUUCUGAUAACUAUUAAUUAAUAAUAUUUAAUCAAUUCAACUAUUCUCGAUUAAUAUUUCUUAGAUGUAUAACAAAUGUCUUAUAUUAUAUAAAAUAUUUUUUUAAUAUGAAAAAUGCUAAAAAUCUUUCUUUCGGAUCGGAAACUGAGAAAAUAUAUUUAGUAAAAUACUUUUAAGUUGUUUUUCUUUGUUUUGAAACAUUAUGUCUUUCCCAAAAUAAUAAUAACUAAAAGUCUAAAAUAAUGUCUUUAGAAAUUUUGCAGACAAUUGUAUAGUGGGGGACAGACUUGGACAAAACCCUAGUUCAUGGUUGGUUUUGAUAGGCAAUCUCAUUUUUCUUCAUUUCUCUCUUUUUUUUGUUCACCUUCUUUUCUCCCUUUUGCUGCUAUUUUUGUUCAUACAAAUCACAAUUAUCAUUACCUAUGACUUUUGGAAAACCGGCAUAAUCAAUUUCUAAGACACAAACGUUGACCAUUUCAAUGUGUGUUGCCAGAUUCUUCUAUAAAAAAUCAUUCAAAAGUUGAAAAAUAGGCUGGGUAUUAAAUUUUUGUAACUUACACAGGAGAUAUAUUUAUACCUUUAAGUAGCAAAUUAUGUGGGAAUUAUUCAGCAAAUUUAAUUUUUAAGCGCUAGUUAAUUAUGAUAUUAAAACCUACGAAAACAUUAUGUAAGCGAAAAUUAUAUUUGUUUUAUGAGUAUUCACGCACGACGGUAUUAAUUUGAGUUGUUCUAUGAAAACAAUUUUAAUGGUACUUUUGCUUUAUGAUAAAAAUAUUUUGUAAAUUUCAUUUUUCUAAUAUUCUGCAUAAUCCAAUUUAUCUGGGAUUUGGAACUCAAACUUUAUAUUGUAGAAUUAUUAAUUCUAUAGUUUUUAUAGUCAAUUUCUUUAAUAAACCAGUAGCGAAUUAUUUAUUUUUUAUUGUUUUAUGGGACAACUGAAAAAAAUUAAGAAGAAAAUUUCUCAUAAAAUUAGAAGACGCUUUACAAAUAGACGAGAUUUAAUAUAUAUAUCAUGGAAAUCUUACUCCUUCUGUUUCAUUUUAAGUGUCACUUUGGGUUUGUGCACACAAAUUAAGAAAAUAAUUAAUUUUGUAUACUUUAUAUAUCAAAACAUAAUUACGUAUACACCUAAUCAUAUUUCAACCAAUAGAAAAAUAAAUUGUUAAAUAAAAUUAAUAAAUUUUGCAUUAAAAUCGAAAAUGACACUUAUUUUGUAACGAAAAAAUUCUUUACAACGACACUUAAUAUAAAACGGAAAGAGUAAUAUUUAGCGUCUUUCUUGUCAACCAAUAAAUACUUCACGAAUUAUAUAAUGCAUAUAAUAAUGUGGAUAAAUGUAUCUAACAUCUUUUGUAUGAUAACUGCUUUCAUAUUACACUACGGUAUUCCUAUAUUUAGAUAAAACCGUUAUUUGAAAGCUUUUUUUAAAAUAAGAUAAAAUCGUUAUUUUUAUUGAUUAGAUUAAAAACUUUAUUAUCCCUUUUGAUAUUAUCGUUUUAUAAAUGUUCCACCAACAAAACUUGACGUUUAUCUUCUUUGUUGUUGAAGCGUUUUGGUACCUAUGUCCAGCUCCGAUUGCAAAAGACAUAUAUAUUUACAUAAUUCCCCCCGUUCGUUUUCUAAUUUUUCUCACCGGAAAAAAAAUAACAAAAUUUAGUCUUUCAAGUUCUCUAACAAAACUUGUAAAACCUAUCCAUCUGACGAACAAACGUUAGGGAAAAUCAAAAGAAAGUGACAAAUAAUUAUUUGUUAGUACAAUUGAUUUGAGAAUUAUUAUAUAUUAUUAAUCACUGAAAUUUAUUGCAAAAUGUACGGGGAUGGGCCGGUGUUCAAGGCAGAAGGAGCGUCGUUCCGGGAUCAACCGUACGGUAGAGAACUUCCUCAGGGACUAUGGACCACCGGUCUCUGUGAUUGUCACCUAGAUGGUCACAUUUGUGUUCAGACAGCUAUAAUGCCAUGCAUCUCCUUCGCUCAGAACACCGAGAUCGUAAACAGAGGAACCAUACCUUGUAUGGACGCAGGUUUGAUCCAUCUAGCGUUAGGGUUUGUGGGUUGCUGCUGGCUUUACGCAUUUCCAAACAGGUCAAGGCUUAGGGAACAUUUCGCAUUGCCUGAGGAACCAUGCGGUGACUUUUGGGUUCAUCUUUUUUGCACUUCUUGUGCUAUCUGCCAAGAAUCUAGAGAGCUCAAGAACCGUGGGGCCGAUCCUUCCAUCAGUUGGCUUUCGAAUGUAGAGAAAUGGAGCCGAGAGAAAGUAACUCCUCCUAUAGUUGUACCAGGCAUGAACCGCUGAAGAGUUUCAUGAUUGUAUCUUACGUUGUAUGAAUGUAUAUAUAGAUCUUGCUAGCUUAUGUUUUUUUUAUUUUUCUCAGUUUUAGCUUAGGAAAAAAGUGAAAUAAAAAAGAUAAAUGAUUCUGGAUUAUAACGUUCACUAAACUGAUAAAAGAUGAUUUAAAAGUCUACAGGAGUUCAAAAAAAAAAAAAAAAAAGUCUACAGGAGGAGAGCUAUGCUUUCCUUUGGGUCAUGACAGGGCUUAUGUAACGACCCAGUUUUGUUAAACCGAAUGUCUGAAGCCUUUUUCACGUUCAAAGAAACAAAUGCUUGGAUUGAAACUAGUUUGUUGUUUAAUAGGAUUCUGAUUUGAAGUCUAAUGAUCGAAAGAACAAAGACAUCAGUAAGGUAUGAAUCUAAAUCUUAAAGAGGUUCAUGGCUGUUCAUAGGAUUGUAACUAGUUUGAUGUUGGGGAGAAAAAGCAGAGAAGACCAUUCCUCACUGCAUCCUUCUCUCCCAUUUUUCUCAAGGUAGCAUAAUGUUUCCGCAGAAUGUCUCUUGAAGGUAACUUUUUGUGAUUAGUUACAUGUUUUUCCCUGGCUUCUGCAGGCGUAUUCGAUUAACUUCUUUGGUGGAAUGGGGUGACAAGAGCCAAGGAGCUUUCUUUCUGCAUCAUUUGCUUCCACUUUAGCUACUACGUCAAGAAAGAUAUGUUAUUUGCAUUCUCAAGUACCAUAUGAAAAGACUCUUCAAAGGUUCAACACAACAAAAGAUCUAUAAAGGCAAAAAAGUUCACUGCAUACAGUAACAGUCUUGUACCAAAUUUCUGAUAUUUAUAUACAACAUUAAAGGAAACAUUUUCUUUACUAAAUAGAGUGUCCUGGGAGGCGUGAAAAUCUAUACGAAAUUUUAAACUAGUAUUUUUUUUUUCAGCA